GACUUAACACGGAGCGCGUAAUUUGCUUCUCUGCCAACUUAUGAUGGAUUUUUACGAUCAUAAUUAUGAAGAAAACAAGCUCGAAUUACACUCUGACUUUCUAGUGGGAUGACAGUCACAAGUGGUUGUGUGAAACUGAAAAAAGAUGCUCAAAACCUAGUUGGAAUCAGUAUUGGAGGUGGUGCCCCAUACUGCCCAUGUCUCUAUGUUGUUCAAAUAUUUGACUCCACACCUGCCUCUGAAGACGGCAGUCUGCAAGCUGGAGAUGAGAUCACUGGUGUUAAUGGAAUGUCUGUCAAAGGCAAAACUAAAGUGGAGGCUGCUCGACUUAUCCAGAGCUUUAAAGAUGAAGUAAUAAUUAAUUAUAACAAGCUGCAUGCAGAUCCAAAACAAGGAAAAACGUUAGAUUUAAUUCUGAAGAAGGUUAAGCAUCGUAUUGUUGAAACGAUGGAAUCUAGUACAGCUGAUGCUCUAGGCUUAAGUCGAGCUAUUCUUGUCAACGAUGGUAUGGUGAAAAAGUUGGAGGAGUUAAAUAAAACAUCGAAUGCAUUUUCUGGCAUGGUUAAUCAUGCGAAAAAUCUUCUGCGUGCAAUUUAUGAGCUGUCUCGUGUGUAUGCUGUACUUGGCGAUACGUUUUCUGAAAUUGGUGUUAAAGAGCCUAUGGCAUGCACAAGUGAGGCAUUCACCCAAUUCGGUACAAUCCAUCGAAGCAUGGAACGUUUUUCAAUUGAAAUGUUAAAAAAGAUAAAACCGAUGAUUACAGACUUAAACACAUUUCUGCGCAAAGCUGUUCCUGACACUAAAUUAACAAUUAAGAAAUACUUGGACGUUAAAUUUGAAUACUUGUCAUAUUGUCUCAAAGUGAAAGAAAUGGACGACGAAGAAUACGGUUUUGCUAUGGUUCAAGAACCCUUGUAUCGCGUGGAAACUGGAAAUUAUGAAUACCGACUUGUGCUAAGGUGUCGACAGGAUGCACGUACAAGAUUCGCUAAAAUGCGUAACGAUGUCUUAGUAAAGUUAGAAUUGUUAGACAAUAAGCAUGGUCAUGCCAAUAUUGUUAAAUUCCCUACUCGACUUGAUAAAACCCUUGACCUGGUGUUCAUUAAUGAUGAGGAAAUAUAUGAAGUACGCCGACGUGCUCCUAUCAUGAACUCAGAUCAUUGUAUUAUUCGGAUAUUACCUAAGAUAUACAGCAGAUCUCACUUUAAUAUCUUCUCAAAUCUGUCCAAGAAAACACAGCAAAGGUGUUACUCACAAGAAAAUAUGCUCAAACUAAGAUGCAUGCUAAAUGACACUAACUGGGAACUUUUCAACGAACAAAAACUGGAUGAUACUAUUUCCAAUUUGACUGACUAUCUUAAAUUCUGUCUUGAUAUAUGCUGUCCAAAACAGAUAAUUUUCAAAAGAAUGGAUCGUUUCUCUUCCCCUCAUCUCAAAAAACUUCGUAGAGAAAAAGAGAAGCUGUACAAGACAAAGAAUAAAUCUGGUCUUAAGAAGAUAAACACCCAAAUUAAAUCUGAAAUCAAGAGACUAAACAACAUUUAUAAUCAAACAAUACUAUCUUGUAAAACAUCAGAAAACAUAUGGAAGCUUUUUAGAGAAAUUACUGGUUGUGGUAAGCAUAAUAAUUUUGCCUCUUCUAUUGAUGUAAAUACUCUCAAUAGAUCUUUCAUCCGCCCUCCAAAUGUCCUUUCUGCCUUCAAUUUAACUAAUAACACGACCAGUGACUUUCAUCGUUUCAAUACUUCUGAUGUUCUUAAAUGUUUGAAAUCUCUUAAACCUUCCCAGAGUCUAGGCCCUGAUGGUAUACCUGCCAUUGUUUUAAAGAAAUGUGCUGAUAUUUUAAGUAACCCACUUACAAGCAUUUUCAAUACUUCUUUUUCUAAUAAUAAUGUACCUUCUCUGUGGAAAGAUAUUAAAAUCAUCCCUGUACCCAAGUCUGGUUCUGGAGAUAGUGUUAAGUUUAGACCAAUUGCCAUUACCUCUCCUUUUUUGAAACUGAUGGAGAAAUUACUGUUACAAAAACUCAUUCCCUCCCUAAGCUUCUCAAACGAUCCAAAGCAGUUUGCUUACAAACAGGGUAGAAGUACUUUGGAUGCUGCUGCUGUGUUUCAUCACAACAUUGUAUCCUCCUUAGACAAAGGGGCCAAGUAUGUCCGUUGUACUUUCCUUGAUUACACAUCUGCUUUUGACUCUGUACCUAGAGGCCUUUUGUUAAACAAGCUUAGCCUUACACAAACUGAGUCCUGGGCUAUCAACUGGCUGCACUCUUACUUCUCCAAUAGGAUGCAGUACACGGUAUAUAAUGGUGUAGCUUCCUCUCCUUUGCUUACUGAAGCUGGUGUUCCUCAGGGUGCUGUUCUCUCGCCGUUUCUCUUUUCCUUCUUCUUACAUGACUUACCUCUCUCAGACGAAAUCAACUUCGUCAAAUAUGCAGAUGACCUGACUGUUUCGCUUCCCGUUAAGUCUCAGUCAGACUGCUUCAAAUUAAAUAGCUUCCUGUCGGACAUCAGUCAGUGGUCUAAACUAAAUGGCCUAACGCUGAAUCCCUCAAAAUGCCAGACUGUCGACUUCUCCUUUAGGCAUAAACGAGAUCUACAAACACUAGUAAGCACUCAUGAUGUCUGUAGAAUUGAGGGGACUAUAAUUGAAACAAAGUCUAAUGCAAAAUACCUCGGAUUAGUUAUAUCUUCCGACCUUACUUGGUCAUCUCAUAUCCAAAUGAUUUCCAAGAAAGUGUUUCGUCUAACCUACUACAUUAAGAAACUCAGACUAACUGGAGUCCCUCAACCUCUGCUUUCACAAUUUGUCAACUCUCGUAUCCUACCUAUUCUACUUUACUGUUCCCCGUUAGUCUUUCCUGGGUUACUGAAAAAGGAUUAUACCAUCCUGAGAAGGAUGUUGAAGGUAGUUAGUAGGACUAGCGGUGUAAAACUCAGUCAGCUCGUCACAACAUUAGUGGAUAAGCAUCUGAAUACAUGUGAGAAAUGGUCUAAAACCAUACUCUCUGACCCCCAACACCCCCUCUAUUCCCAACUCUCUCCUUGCAUCUCAUCAGGUAGAACCAGAAAUCAGUACAAAAUAAUAUAUGCUCGUACAACCAAGUAUAGGAACUCAACGAUACCAUAUUUGGCCCGUGUUCUAAGUGACAGAGACAAUGUUAAGCGCGAAACCUAUGACUUGCUUUGUUGUUAAUAACAUAAUUUUGGCCCUUGUUAUUUCCCCCUUACACUCUCUUAUUUGUACUCUAUAGUGAACAACCUUCUUAAACAUACUUAGCUGCUUAAAAUUAUUAUCAUUGGCUUACAUUUUUAUUCUUUAUUCUAUUCCUUCUUUAUACAUCUACUGGGUCCGACUAUAUUAUCACUAUGAUUAUUAAAAAUUGUCCCGUCAUUAACCAUCAUGUAACAUUAGUUUUGUGGUUGUUCUUUGUUCGGCACUAUUUAACUGACAAUCUUGUUUGUUAUUGCCACUAUCACCAUCUUAAAAAAUUUUGUAUUAUGCAUGAUUCCUCACACUACCACUACAAACAACCGCAUUAGUACUGACAAUAAAAAAAAACACAACCUGAAAUGUUUAUCUUAUGAUUGCUUAGUGUUGUUCAAUCAAAUUAACUGAUCAUCUUGGCUAUAAACAUUUUUUUAAGAACAUCUCAUAAUUUCCCGUAUGAUUAUAGCUGUUACUGUUCACCACGCAUACACAUAUCGUAGCUUCCACUAACCAAUACUGAAAUAUUUUUUCAUUAUUUGUGUUUAUCUUCCUUUUUACUUGGCAUUUUUUAUUGCAUUUUUUUUGUUAUUUCUGUGUUUCUUUUUGGUUUUUUUGUUAUUAUUGUCUUUUUUUGUUUUUUUUGUUUUUUUUUAAAUAUUUUUUUUUAUAAUACUCCUUUUAAAUGCAUGAUGAAAUUAGAUGCAAUAUUGUAGAUAUGUGCUGAAAAUUCCACACUGUACCACAAGUACUGUUUCUGGAAUAAAGCGAAAUUGUUAUUGUUAUUGUUAUUGUUAUUGUUAUUAUUGUCUUAUUCUUUUAUUUCUGCAUUUCGUUGGAUAAUAUGUUCUUAGUAGAUUCAUUGUCUGC